AUGCAGUGCUAUACAGAGCUCACGCCACCCACUGGUGUGCAGUACAGUCUCAGCUUGCCCUUCAUCUCGACGCAAAGCAACAAUCUGGUCGUCGCAAGGGGCUCUUUACUACAGAUCUUCUCGACAAAGACCAUUUCUUCCGAAGUCGACGCAUCACAGACCCGAGAGCAGCAGGCUUCCAGAGCCGAAGAGCCUUACGACCGCCGAUUGAACGACGAUGACGGCCUCGAGUCCUCCUUCCUGGGCGGCGACGGCAUGCUGGUUCGCGCCGACCGAUCAAACAACACCAAGCUCGUGCUUGUCGCCGAAUUCCCAAUAUUUGGCAUUGUGACGGGACUGGCAAGAAUAAAAUUGCAACACUCCAAGUCGGGGGGUGAAGCUCUCUUGAUUGCUACAAGAGUUGCCAGGCUGAGCUUGGUCCAGUGGGAUCCCGAGAAACACGCACUCGAGGAUAUCUCCAUUCACUACUACGAGAAAGAAGAACUAGAGGGCUCGCCAUUCGAUGGUCCAUUGAACAAUUACCGCACAUAUCUUGCUGCCGAUCCAGGUUCGCGAUGCGCCGCCCUCAGGUUUGGCCCCAGAUACAUCGCCUUUCUACCCUUCAAGCAAGUCGAUGAGGACAUAGAUAUGGAUGACUGGGAUGAAGAUGUGAAUGGACCUCGGCCGGCAAAAGAGCCGUCAGCUGCAGCGGCCACAAAUGGAACUAGCAACAUAGCAGAUGUACCAUACUCAACAUCAUACGUCCUCCCUCUACCGCAGCUUGAUCCCAGUCUCCUUCAUCCUGUGCACCUCGCCUUCUUGCAUGAGUACAGAGAGCCCACCUUUGGCAUCAUAUCCUCGACACAGCGCCGCUCCCACACCUUACCUCGCAAGGACCACUUCUCUUACAAGGUCUUCACGCUCGACUUGCAGCAGAGGGCCUCGACCGCGAUUCUCUCCGUCAACAACCUACCCCAGGAUCUCUUCAAAGUCAUCGCCCUGCCAGGUCCCGUCGGUGGCGCUCUACUCGUCGGCACAAACGAGUUGAUCCAUAUAGAUCAGUCUGGAAAGCCGAACGGUGUGGCCGUCAAUGCCUUCACCAAGGAAACCACAAACUUUCCUCUUGCAGACCAGUCUGAUCUGGAUUUGCGGCUCGAGAAUUGCUACAUUGAACUCAUGUCUGCAGAGAAUGGGGAGUUGCUCAUGGUCCUGAGCGACGGGCGGCUGGCCAUCAUCACUUUCAAGAUCGAUGGACGCACAGUCUCAGGAGUCAGCGUCAAGCUCGUCCCAGCCGAAGUUGGCGGCAAUGUUGUUCAAUGCAGUGUUUCCUCCAUCUCGAAGCUCAGCAAGAAUGUUUUCUUCCUAGCGCCUAUCAAGGAUAUGGUGUCAGGCAAGCAAGCGUUCGUCCCAGAUAGUGAGGAGGAGAAGAACUCAAUCGGUGUCGUAUCUGACCUGCAGCUCGCCUGUGCGGUGGGUAAGGGCAACGCUGGCGCUGUUGCUAUCAUGAAUCAAAACAUCCAGCCGAAGGUCAUCGGCAAAUUCGAGUUUCCAGAGGCUAGAGGAUUCUGGACCAUGUGCGUCCAGAAACCCAUUCCGAAAUCCUUGCAAGGCGAUAAGGGGGCCAAUGCCGCAGUUGGCAGCGAGUUUGACGCUUCAUCUAUAUACGACAAGUUCAUGAUUGUUUCUAAAGUCGAUCUAGAUGGAUACGAGACGUCAGAUGUUUAUGCUCUUACUGGUGCAGGCUUUGAGGCGUUGUCAGGGACCGAAUUUGAUCCCGCGGCUGGCUUCACCGUGGAGGCGGGUACUAUGGGAAAACAUCUGAGGAUCAUUCAGAUUCUCAAAUCGGAAGUACGGUGCUACGAUGGAGAUCUCGGGUUGAGUCAAAUCCUUCCGAUGCUCGAUGAGGAUACCGGUGCUGAGCCACGGGUGAUCAGCGCCAGCAUCGUCGACCCUUACCUUCUUCUCAUCCGGGACGACUCGAGCAUUAUGGUGGCUCAGAUAGACAGCAAUUACACCCACGACCUCUUUGGCCAAAAGACAAAAAAUGAGGCCACGACAGAAGACCGCAACAUUUUCAUGUUCUUGCUGAGCGCGGCAGGGGCUCUCUAUAUAUACGCUCUCCCUGACCUUUCCAAGCCAGUCUACGUUGCUGCUGGCUUGACCUACGUCCCCCCAUUCCUCUCUGCAGACUAUGCCGUCCGAAGAGGCACCGUACAAGAGACGCUGACUGAAAUCUUGAUGGCCGACCUCGGGGACGCUACCGCAACUUCACCACACCUCAUCGACGAAUCCGUUGGUCUGGCCAAAACCCUUCAUUUCCGCAAAGUCAACAAUCCUUCUCUUGCUAAGAGUCCUGUCGAAGUUGCCGAUGACGAUGCCAACGAGCAACCGCGGUUUGUUCCACUUCGGGCCUGCAGUGACAUCAACGGUUACAGCACCGUCUUCUUGCCUGGCGCCUCGCCGUCCUUCAUCAUCAAAUCCGCCAAGAGCAGUCCGAAGGUUGUCGGCUUGCAGGGUAUUGGUGUGCGCGGCAUGAGCUCAUUCCAUACAGAAGGCUGCGAGCGUGGCUUCAUUUACGCUGAUUCCGAGGGCCAAACGCGAGUCACACAGCUUCCCACGGACGCGAACUUUGCCGAACUGGGCGUUUCUGUGCGCAAAAUUCCCGUGGGAGAUGCGGUUGGCCUGAUUGCCUAUCAUCCACCAAUGGAAACCUACGCCGUUGCGUGCAGUGUCUCUGAGGCCUUUGAGCUGCCGAAGGAUGACGACUACCACAAGGAGUGGGCUAAGGAAACCACAAUUAUAUACCCCCGGACCGAACGCGGCAUCAUCAAGCUCAUGAGUCCUACCACCUGGUCCGUCAUCGACACGGUAGAGCUUGAGCAGCACGAGGUAGCGAUGUGCAUGAAGACGCUUCACUUAGAAGUCUCCGAAGAGACCAAGGAGCGCCGUAUGCUCAUCACCAUCGGGACCGCUAUUAACCGCGGCGAGGACCUGCCCAUCCGCGGCCGUAUCCUCGUCUACGAUGUCGUUCCCGUCGUCCCGCAACCUGGCCGCCCGGAGACGAACAAGAAGCUCAAGCUCGUUGCUAAGGAGGAGAUUCCCCGCGGUGCCGUCACCGCCAUCUGCGAGGUGGGCUCCCAAGGACUCAUGCUCGUUGCCCAGGGACAGAAGUGCAUGGUGCGCGGUCUUAAGGAGGACGGCACGCUAUUGCCUGUCGCCUUCAUGGACAUGAAUUGCUACGUGACGGCGGUCCGCGAGGUCCGCGGCACGGGUUACUGUCUCAUGACGGACGCUUUCAAGGGUGUCUGGUUCGUUGGGUACGCCGAGGAGCCGUACAAGAUGAUGCUCUUUGGCAAGAGCGCGGGCAAGUUCGAGGUGUCGACGGCCGACUUUGUUGUUGCCGGCGAUGAGCUGCAUAUUGUUGUCUGCGACAAGGAUGGCGUGGUCCACGUGAUGCAAUUCGAUCCAGAGCAUCCUAAAUCACUCCAGGGUCAUCUCCUCUUGAACCGUGCUUCCUUCUCUGCGGCACCAAACCACCCAACAGCAACCCUCUCCCUCCCCCGAACCUCAGCAUCCCCGUCACCCGCCAAUGCCUCCAAGAACCCGCCCACGACCCUCCUCCUGGCCUCCUCGACAGGCGCCCUCGCCUCCCUCAAUCCCCUCGGGGAGCAAGCCUACCGCCGCCUGACGUCCCUCGCCAACAGCAUCGCCGGCGCCGUGCCCCAGGCCGCGGCGACGAACCCCAAAGCCCAUCGCCUACAGCCCCUCGACGCGCGCACCCCCGGCGUCGACACCAGCGCGGGCCGCAGCAUCGUCGACGGCGCGCUCCUCGCCCGCUGGAACGAGCUCGGCGCCGGGCGCCGGUUCGAAGUCGCCGGCAAGGGCGGCUACGGCGACGUCCUCGAGGUCAGGGGCGAGUUGGAAGGUGUCUUGGGAUGGAGCGGCAUGGCCUACUUUUAA